ACGAGGCACAGGAGCCUUUUGAAGGUGGCCCUGGCUCCCAGCUCCUCCGGGACAAGGCUGAAGACCCCGUCAACCGAAGAACUCCAGGAGAGAAGUGGCCAUCCACACAAAACAAAAUGAACUCCUAGGUGAGUUUUCAGCCUGACACCGGCCUGUAGCUUUGACAAAAGCUUUCUGCUCUCCGAAGACUUCCGCCUCUCAGCAAAAACCAUGCCUUGCGGUGCUUGGAUUUGGUAACUUGUGGCCCAUUCUCUCGUCUGGAAGGACCGACUGACCCUUUCGUCGAGAAAAGGUGCCAAAAUCUCAAACCCACUCAGAUGCUGCCGUUUCCUCAAGUCGCAGGUCUAUGGAAAUGCAGGAUCUAACCGGCCCGCAUAGCCGACUCAGUGAUACCAGCGAGUCUCCGGGGGGCCCCGAGCUCGGUAACGCUCCAGCUGGCCGUCGUUCCAUGACACCCAAUGGCACUGAAGUUAAAACAGAACCGAUGAGCAACAGCGAGGUAACUACACCAGCGGCAGACGGGUCUUUAGACAAUUUCUCAGGACCAGCCAUUGGGAGCAGCGGCUUCACCCCAAGGCAAUCCCACCAUUUCUCCCCACCACACAUCUACCCGUCCAACAGAUCAUACCCACAUAUUCUCCCUAACCCUUCCUCACAAACUAUGGCUGCAUAUGGGCAAACGCAGUUUACCCCAGGGGUGCAACAAGCCACCGCCUACACCCCUUACCCACAGCCGGGACAGUCCUACGGGAUCCCCCCCUAUGGCAUCAAGACAGAAGGUGGACUGUCCCAGCCGCAAGGACCCGGCCAAGCAGGCUUCCUCAACUACGGGUCCGGAUUCAGCACGCCCCAGCCUGGACAGACGCCCUACAGCUACCAGAUGCAAGGUAGCAGCUUCACGACAUCUUCCGGACUGUACACUGGAAAUAAUUCGCUCACCAACUCGUCGGGAUUUAACAGCUCCCAGCAGGACUACUCGCCCUAUCCCGGCUUCAUCCAGGGCCAGUACGCGCAGUAUUACAACAGCUCGCCCUACCCGACGACUCACUACAUGGCGGCCGGAAGCAACUCCAGCCCCACGGCCCCCUCCUCCAACGCCACCUACCAGCUGCAGGAGCCCCCCUCCGCCAUCGCCAACCAAGCCGCCAUCGACCCCUCCGCAGCCGAAUACGGAACCAUCCACAGCCCGUCGACGACCAUCAAGGAAUCCGACUCGGAUCGGCUGCGCCGCGCUCCGGAUGGGAAGUCCCGGGGCCGGGGCCGAAGGAACAACAACCCGUCACCGCCGCCGGACUCCGACCUGGAGAGGGUGUUCAUCUGGGACCUGGACGAGACCAUCAUCGUCUUUCACUCCCUCCUGACCGGCUCCUACGCCAACAGAUAUGGCCGGGACCCACCCACGUCGGUCUCACUCGGGCUGCGCAUGGAGGAGAUGAUUUUCAACUUGGCAGACACACACCUGUUCUUCAAUGACCUGGAAGAGUGCGACCAGGUUCACAUAGACGACGUCUCCUCUGACGACAACGGCCAAGACCUGAGCACCUACAACUUCGGCAGCGACGGCUUCCCGGCGGCGGCCACCAGCGCCAACCUCUGCCUGGCGACGGGCGUGCGAGGAGGCGUGGACUGGAUGAGGAAGCUGGCCUUCCGCUACCGCCGCGUGAAGGAGAUCUACAACACCUACAAGAACAACGUCGGAGGUCUCCUCGGCCCGGCCAAGAGAGAAGCUUGGCUGCAGCUGAGGGCCGAGAUCGAGGCGUUGACGGACUCUUGGCUGACCCUGGCCCUGAAGGCCUUGACGCUCAUCCACUCCAGGACCAACUGCGUGAAUAUCCUCGUCACGACGACUCAGCUGAUCCCCGCGCUGGCCAAGGUCUUGCUGUACGGCCUAGGGGUCGCCUUCCCGAUCGAAAACAUUUACAGCGCAACCAAAAUAGGGAAGGAGAGCUGCUUCGAGCGGAUAAUCCAGAGGUUCGGGAGGAAGGUGGUGUACGUGGUGGUCGGCGACGGCGUGGAAGAGGAGCAGGGGGCCAAAAAGCACGCGAUGCCGUUCUGGAGGAUCUCCAGCCACUCGGACCUGAUGGCCCUCUACCACGCCCUGGAGCUCGACUACUUGUAGCAGCGCCGAGAGACCCCGGGACCACCCGCCUUCCCCCACUUACCCCAUCCCCGGACACCGCGCAGGGGACGGACAGAUGGACGGACCGAAGCCCGCCCUCGCUCUCCGUCUUGGAGGCCCUUCGGGGGCGGUUCCUGCAGCUAGGCCUCGUCCCGGGCACCAGCGGCCCAUGCCCGGCCCCUCCACCCCGAGGGGCUUCGACAGGACCGCCUGUCCCGAGGAGAAGACCACCCCUCACAACGGCCGCAGCCGAGUCGACGUCCGGACCCUUUCCGGUGUCUCACCCCCAGCGCUCAGACUUCAGACCUCCGCCUUAUUUAUGAACAGGUUGGGUCCCGGACUUGGCCUCAGCCAGGAGACCCGGGAUCGGGAGGGAGAAGGAGAGAAGGCUCCGUCGCAGCCCUCCGGCCCUCCGCCACCGCAAGGACUUUGUAUUUGAGCACAAUGCAGAGUAGUUUAAACUAUGUCUAAUUUAAAGAAACGUGUACAUCCCCGAGA